CAAGAAACCUGGGCUACACUGGAAGGACAGCUCAGGCAGCUGUCAGAGCGGUCCUGGAGAGGGUCAUUCUCAAACACAGUCGGCUUCUUACAAUAGACCACCAGAAACUACAAGAGGACAUUUGAAACCCUACAGCCCAGUAUUUCAAAGAAAAGAAAAAGCCAGAGAGAUGCCUGAAGACACAUAUUGCUAUGUCCCUCAUUGUUCUUUUCAGAGCAGCACCACGGGUUCUCCAAGGACCUCUCCUGGAAAUGGGAAACUGGUUGUUGAUUUUUAUGAGCCUGAAGAUACAGAUAGUGACUCUGGGACAUACUCAGCCCAGGACUGGAAGGAAAAAACAUGGAAACAUAUCUCUGAACCAGAAGGUUUUAAUAAGAAGACAAAAGAGCUGUCAUCUCUGGAUUUGAAAGGAAAAGAUGGCAAAAAUACCAAGCACCCAGAAGAAAAGCCUGAGCAAGAAUUAAAGGAGGCAAAAAAGAGGCUGGGGCUUUGUACUCGACAGCAACCCUUGUUUGACUCAAAGAGAACAGACUUCGGUGGAACCAGGGCAGGGUAUCAAAACAAUGGAGCCCAGUGGACUACAGAGAAGAAGGAUGAUGACUGCAGAAAAAAUGUGUUCAAACGAUCUGGUUGUCCUGUGCCUCUUGAAAUUGCAGAUGAUGCUCUGCCAGCUUUGCCAGUUGGCACAAAAGAGGCUCUGAGGAGUCUGGAUGCAGUUUCCAGGCAGCACACAGCCAGCCAGCCAAAAUCACCACUGCGGAUCAUUGCCAAUGCUAUCAAAAGGUCCAUUUUGGAGCCUCUAACCUCAGCUCCAGGAGGACUGAAGCAGGACUCAGAGAGCAAAACCAAAGCCUCUUCAGAACAAGCUUUCUUCAGCUUCCCUAGUGCUUCUGCUUAUUCCCUAAGCCAAAGGAACACUAACAACAAUAACACUCAGAUACAGGAUCCUAAAGUAGGGGAGUGGGCAGGAGAAUAUUUAGGAGAUGGAAGCCCUUUCUCAAAUCCAUCUAAUUUUUCUGUCAGCUCCAAAGAGAUAUCUCUAAGGGAUUACAGUGAACAGGGAUCCCUCACAUCCUCCAGUCCUCACAUCAGGCUUCCCAACACAACCAGUAUACCUCAGAAAUCAUCUUGCACUAGGAUGGAGGAUGUCCCAGGACUCCUAGAAAAGUUUACCUUUAAAGACACUCCUCCAGGGACUCCCAUGGAUGACAUGUGUAUCCGUAAGGAAAAAUCCACUCUUCUUUCAUCUCCAAAGCCCAAGAACACCUCCAAGGACAAUCUGGAUGACUCUGCACAAAAAGGUAGCCUUGGAUUGCUCUUCAGUAGACUGAGAAGUAAAGCUCAUGAAAGAGAAGGGAAUUCCUUGAUGUCAUCUCUGCUUUUCCCAAAGGACCAUUCUCCAGACGACAGGUUGUGCUACCCUUCCACAGGAUGUGAACACCUACCUGUCAGAAAACAAGCUAGUGAGUAUUCGACUUCGUCCUCUGAUGAUGAAUUUGAAUUCAAGCCUUCAUUAACACACAAGGCAAAAAGAGCUCUCAGGAGGAGAAGGAAGCUGGAGAAGGAGACAAAGCAGUUGAUUAAACAAGAGGAGCUGAAGAGGCUUCACAGAGCACAGGCAGUCCAACGCCAACUAGAAGAGCUGGAGGAAAGACAAAGAGCUCUGGAGAUUUCUGGUGUCGAACUGGAGAGAGAACUAAGAGGAGAAGCAGAUUCAGGCACAAAGGAUGAAACUCAGAUGCUACAUGAGUGGUUUGAGCUGGUCCUGGAGAAGAAUAAGUUAAUGCGUUAUGAGUCUGAGCUCCUGAUUAUAGCCCAAGAGCUAGAACUGGAGGACCACCAAAGCAGGUUGGAACAAAAGCUGAGGGAGAAAAUGGCCAUUGAUGACAGCCUUAAAGAUGAGGUGGAUCUGAAUGAGGAGGAUGAAAUUUUUACUGAGAUGAUGAAAGUGGUUGAAGAAAGAGACAAACUUGUGUGUACCUUAGAGGAGCAGAGAGUGAAAGAAAAAGCAGAAGACCAGCACUUUGAAAGCCUUAUUUUAUCCAGAGGCUACCAGCUGAGCAGGAUUUAAACAGCCACAUGCAAAUAAACAUCAUUUCAGCAACAUU